GCUGCGUUAGGAAUCAAACCUUGUGCGCCACAUCAUUGCGAAGACGCGAAAAGUAAACCCAAGAAAUGGAAGACGUCCAUGUGAACUGUGCAGUGCGAAAUGAAUAAAAUGCGUCCAGAUUCAAAACCCGAAAUGGAAAGCCCAAAAUUUUCGUUUAACACCCUCACUGUCUCUUAAACCCCUCCCUCUCCUCUCUCUAUCUACUUUCUCUCUCUAGACAGGAAUAUUCCAAGGCUUCCCCCAGGGAAGAGGAGAAUUAUUUCUGAUGUCUACUGUGGGAAAUUCAACAAAUAUUUUCUGGAAUGAAUUUCCAGUUGGGAAGCUUGAAAGGCAAAAGCUGCUUAACCAACAGGGAUGUGUAGUAUGGAUCACGGGGCUGAGUGGAUCAGGGAAAAGCACACUUGCAUGCUCCCUUGGCAGAGAAUUGCACUCCAGGGGAAAACUUUCCUACAUUCUUGACGGAGACAACCUUAGGCAUGGAUUAAAUAAGAAUCUUGGUUUUGCACCUGAAGAUCGAACUGAAAAUAUACGCAGGGUUGGGGAAGUUGCAAAGCUCUUCGCAGAUGCUGGCUUAAUCUGUGUUGCCAGUCUGAUAUCUCCUUAUAGAAAGGACCGUGAUGCCUGCCGUGCAAUGUUGACAGAUACGGAAUUUAUUGAGGUUUUUAUGAACAUGCCUCUAGAAGUAUGUGAAGGAAGGGACCCAAAAGGGCUUUACAAGCUUGCACGUGCUGGAAAGAUUAAAGGUUUUACUGGGAUAGAUGAUCCUUACGAAGCACCUUUAAACUGUGAGAUUGAAAUACGACAGAAGGAUGGGGUUUGCCCUACACCGCAUGAAAUGACGGGGCAAGUAGUAACUUACUUGGAGGAGAAAGGAUAUCUUCAAGCUGAGUGAUUGACCAACCCUUUGAGUUCCUUUGAACUUUCUUCAUUCUGAUUUCUCAUAUUAGAAGCUCAUUUUUUAAACAUGUUAUAUCAAAUACUCUUCUCAUAUUUGGAGAUAGGAUG